AGCUGUAUUUAGAUAGCCAAUUCAAAGUAAUGGAGAGGUCAGAAAAUAAUGGAGAGGUCAUUUCUAUUCAUUACAUGUAUAGUGUGCUACCCAAAUGACAGAAUAGUGUUCAUCACUGUUUUUAAUAGCCAAGGUCAAAGUAAUGUAGAGGUCAAAAAAUAAUGGAGAGGUCAAUUCUAUUCAAUAACAUGGAAGAAAAUUCUGUUCCUCUUCAUUUCAACAUGCAUUAUCCGAGCAGCGAUGAGGAAAUCGUUUUGACUCAACAAAAGUACAAAUCGCCAAAUCCAAGUGAAAGUGAAUAUGACACAGAUAACUUAGUAAGCGAUAUUUUGGGGCUCGAGAAAGUGCAUAGAGACGCCCAAAAAUCUGCAACAUAUGCACCACAAUGCUCAGAUAUCAGUGAUGAUGAACUCGCACAAAGUUACGAAAAAGUUGAGAAAGUCCCACAGAUUUCAGAGAGAAGAUUCAGCAUUCCAAAGUCUGAUAAAGAAAUAGAGGAACUAAAGACGAAACAAUUUGCACCUGCGACAAAAGCCAAAAUUCGAUGGGCGGUCAACACGUUCGGAGAAUGGCAGCGCUCCAGAAAUGAAACAUCCAAAACACGCUAAGAUAUUAGUCCUAUACUGGUAGACAUUGAUGACAUGAGUAAG